AUGAAGCCAUACAGGAAGUGGCUGCUGGUGGUCCUGCUGACUUGGCUCCUCCUGAUCCUGUCCUUGCUCUGUCACUUCCUGGACCUCAGAUUCUCUGCGUUUCCUCUGUCAAGAUCUGCUGCAGACUCUGGACCCACCAGAACCGAAACCCGCCGCCUUGCCUCUGUUCAGGGAGGGUCCAUGAGACCUGCUGGAGUCUCAGAGGAGGACUGGAGGAGAAGGUCUAGGUACAGGUCCAGGUCUAAGGACUACAGGUCCAGGUCUAAGGACUACUACAGAUCCAGGUCUCUGGAGAUCCUGCAGAGACUAUGGAGCGGGAACAUGACAGUGGGAAUGCUGAGUCCUCGUCUCCAGAAGGUCCUGAAAGUCCAGCUGAGCUCCAACAGGCACCAGGUGAUGUACCAGAGGCCGCGGGGGGCGCGCAGAUCUGGUCUGCAGCUGUAUUGUGAGUUGAAGAGGAGGACCAGGAUCCGGACUGUGGAUGGGACUGAGGAGCCGUUCUUUAGUCUGGGCUGGGCCAAGCUGGUGCCUUCACUGUCCCUGCAGGAUCUCCGGGCAUCUCACUAUCAGAGCUGCGCCGUGGUGACAUCAGCCGGAGCCAUCCUCAACUCAUCGCUGGGGAGGGAGAUCGAUUCCCACGAUGCAGUUCUUCGUUUCAAUGCCGCUCCCACCAAAGGCUUCGAGAGGGAUGUGGGGACCAAGACCACCAUCCGCAUCAUCAACUCCCAGAUCGUGGCUCGGCCCAAACAUCGCUUCAACAGCAGCUCGUUGUAUCGGGACGUCACCCUGCUGGUCUGGGAUCCGGCUCCGUACUCCUCCAACCUGACCGAGUGGUUCCAGAAGCCGGACUUCGAUCUGUUCUCCGCCUACGUCCGACAUCGCGGUCUCCGACCCGAGCAGCCGUUUUACAUCCUCCAUCCAGGAUUCAUCUGGAGUCUGUGGGAGCUGAUCCAGGACAACACCGAGGACCAGAUCCAGCCGAACCCGCCCUCGUCCGGCUUCACAGGCAUCCUGCUGAUGAUGUCACUGUGUCGCGAGGUCAGCGUGUACGAGUUCAUCCCGUCCGUCCGCCGGACCGACCUGUGCCAUUACUACGAACGGUACCACGACGCCGCCUGUACGCUGGGGGCGUACCAUCCUCUGCUGUACGAGAAGCUGCUGAUCCAGAGGCUCAACGAGGGCCACCGAGACCAGCUGAGGAGGAAGGGCAAGGUCACGCUGAGGGGGUUCAGUACGGUCCGAUGCGGGUUGUGA